CCGCCGGCCGGGGGAAGGCCUCGGCCGGGCUCGCCCCGUCGGGCCCCGCGUGCGGAGGCGGCGCCGCGCAGCCAUGGCGGGGCAGGGCGGCCCCGGGAGCCCCGGGCGGGCGGCCGGGGGGCGGAAGAUGUCCCUGCAGAGAUGUGAAACAUGUAGUGAAGAGGAAGCUAAGUACAGAUGUCCGCGAUGCAUGAAAUAUUCGUGCAGUCUAUCGUGUGUAAAGAAGCAUAAGCUUGCACUGAGCUGUAAUGGAGUCAGGGAUAAGACAUCAUUUAUCUCUGUAAAUGAAUUUACCGAUUUGAACCUUCUGAGCGAUUACCGUUUCCUGGAAGAUGUAGGAAGGACAGCUGAUGCUGCUGCUCGAGAUCUUUCUGUGCAUAGGCCAACAACAAAUAAAUUUAUAAAUUACUUGCGAAACAGAGCUCGAAGGCAUAAUAUCAACCUGAAGACACUGCCCAUUGGAUUUACAAAAAGAAGAGAAAAUUCAACCAUCUUCAAUAAGAAGGAGCAAAAGUUCUACUGGCAUUUGAAGCUUGUAUUUCCUCACUGUCAUGCUGAAUACACUUUAAAAAGGGUGCCAGAGGAUAAAAUGCUCACCGAUAUCCUUAAGCCCUACAUUGAUCCAGUGGAGUCAGAUCCUGUAGUUUGUCAAAGAUUAAAAAUCUAUACAAUGUCUCCUCAGUCAGAUGUACAAAUUUUAAUGAAAAUAGAAAACAGGAAGCAAAACUCUAUCAGGUACAAUGAACUGGAUGCCAGUAGAAGCCUCCUAGAAAAUUUGAAAAACAAAGUAAUAAUUGAGUACCCAACGUUAUUUGUUGUCUUAAAAAAAUUGAAGAAUGACAUGGUGGUUCUUGGCCAAGGAGAGGGGGACACCACGCCAGGGGAUAAGAUCGGAGUCUUGUCCGAGCAACUGGAUCUCCUGAUGUUCACCCUGGGAUUGUCAGCCCUGCCCGUAUGAUUUAGAUGUCAGGAGGGAAUUACGACUGGUUGACUCAAAGUCCAUCUGAAUAGCGUGGUCGUCGUUACCGCCUCCUGAGCUGGUAGGGAGGCUGUCCUUCUAAGGGUGUAGUUUCAAAUAAGUAGAUUGAACGACCGUAUUUCGAGGACAGGCAGGCUCUGCAGGACCGCAGGGCGGAGGGGUGAGGGGAAGGGAGCUGAUAGCAGCUGGAAGUGCCGAUAGCUGGUGCAGGGCAGUGCAAGCGUGUGUCCUCACGACAGUGACCUUCCUCUGCUGCAGGCAUCAUUCAGUUAGCUGUCGUCCCUGAGGCUGGUAUUCGGGGAACACUGGCAGCUAUUGCAGCUUUGGGGAACCAUUGAUUUUCUUAAUCUUUGGUAACUGUUUCUAGAGAUUCCAUAAAAAUGAGGUGCAUAAUUCGUUGUUGAGGUGUCUUGUUUGUGACAGCAAAAUUUUUUAGCUAACGGCAAAAAUAACAGGAUAUAACAGAGGGGAAGGAAAGAGAAAUGCUAUACAGCAUUUCUUUGCACUUAAAGGGAGGUGGGAGGUAAGAGGGGUGAAGCCAGUUUAUAAUCAGGUGAUCUUCUUAAGAUUCAUAUGCAGCUGUCUCCAACAAAUUGUCUGGAAGCACACUGAAGACACGGUAACUGAAAUAAAACAUGUUAUAGCUAUAUGUAACAUGUUAUACAUACAUAAUAGCUGCACAGUCUUCAUACUGUGCUUGUGUAAAUAUUCCCUGUACAUUAAAAUGCAGAGUAGGGAUAUUUGUAUAAUGCAGGGGAUUAAUGUCUCUUCAUUUGGAUACAUGUGAGUUUCGAUUUGGCCAUAGCUCCUCAUGUCCAAAAUACUCUUCAGUGCCAGUUCACAUUACUUGCAUAAGAGUAGGAGCAUUCACUUACAUUCUUGUGAAAGGGGUGAAGUACGUUGUUCACAUUGAAGUAUCAUAGUCCUUUCCUCCCUUACUUAAUACUUGCUGUAAGAUAAUUUUGGAAAGUAAAUAAAAAGCCAACUAUUUCAAUAGGUUUAUAUACUGAAAAGAAAAAAAAAAAAAAAGCCUUUUCAGUCUUCCCAAUCUUUUUUUUCUUUCCUUUUAUUACAUUUUUUGUCUUUUUUUCUCCAUAAAGCUUUAGGGUUUGAAUUGUGAAGGAUAUUACUUUACUAACAGGCCAACAAAAAUGACAUCUGAAAGCUGACUUCACGAAACCAAUUAUAUUUCUGGUACUUUUAGUCAAGUAGUAAUAGAUACUUCUAAAUUAAUAGGAAAAGAAUGAAUCGUGACCUGCAAAACAUUGCAAAUUGUAUACUUCUAUAAAGUCUUUAUUGUAGGAACAUUAAAGAUGUUGAGUGUGUAUUUGUAAGCAUUCCCACUUCCCUUUUGUGUUUCUUAGGACCUUAUGUAUGGAGGCCAAGCAUUGAACAUUUUCAUUGCUCUCUCUUGACUGCGUAUUUAGGCAUUUAGCAUAGACUGGGCUUUGCAAACAAGCAUAUUAUUUUCUGGUGUUGAAUUCGCCAAGUUUCCAGUCCUCCAGAUUGUUUCAGGAAAAGCAUGCUCAGAACUUAAAAAUAGGAGGGCCUUUUGGUGCUGUUACUCCACGUGAAGACAAAAAAAUCGCUUUUGUAGAAGUGUGACACAAUCAUCAAACUCUUCGUUUGUGUACUGUAAAGAGCCUUACAGAAAAAAGGAGAAACAAACACUACUUAGCUUGCUUUACCAGUUACGUUCACAGAUAACUGCUAAGAGUGGGAGUCGUGGGUUCACCUCCAGCAUGGCCAGGGAGAAGUACCCUGUAACGAGAGAGGAGUGUUAGGCCACUUGUCUCCCCAGAAGUCACCUUACUGCUGCAGCAUUUGGCAUGUUCCUUGCAGUCCAGCUUCUUCACCGAGUACGUCACUGUCACCCCCACAACGCAAGUUAUUACCCUGAGACUGGGGAAGAGCUAGAGCUGGACACCUGCUGAGAGGUUGCUAGAAGUUAGUGAGGACAAAGCCUGUUUGUCCUGUCCUCGUUCUCAGAAAUGGCUGAAGUAUUUUGGCUGAAACUUCCAAAAAUGUUCUAAUGAAGGAAGGUAACCAGCACUGAACAAUUCAGACCAGGAGUUUAAUUUUUACAUUAUCAGUAAACUGUGGACAGCUUUAUGGUGAGAGGGACUGGACAAUCUUAAUUUGUAGGCAAUGCCAUUAUGACCAUAAAAAUAUGUUCUUUUUGAGUGAAGACAAUCUCUAAUACCUGUAAAACAAAACUUUAAACUAGAGCUAACAUUUGUCUGCUGACCUUCAUGGCAAACCAGGAGAUGGCCACAUUCUUUUAUGGGAUGUUUUGAUGCUUGACUUGCUUACAGCAAAAAAUACAGGUGCUCUGAUUUCAGCAGGCAGGGUCAGUCAUGGCUGAAGAUAGUAGGGGAUUAUAGAAGUUUUCACAGGACUUAGAGGCAAAAACAAUCCUUACUUUGUGCAUUACUCGGUACAUAUCUGGCAUAUAAAUGUUAAUUGAUUAUACACUAGAUUUAAUAUAGACAAAACGUGACCUCUGGUGUUUCUGGGUGAAAUCCUUCUAUUUUCUUGAACAAAUUCCAUUGAAACAGUACAGGUGCACACUGUGUCCUGUGUAUUACCAGAUGUAGAACUGAGCUUGACAAGACAGUAGCUAUGCUUCAUCAGCUCCCUUCUGGUAGUGUUUCUUUAAUGAAGCAUCUGACACUAAAUGCUCAAAAUCUUCUUUAAAUUCAUGGUCGGAUCAAACACUGAAAAUAUCAAUGAGAGCAGUGUGUGAAUCAUGUGCCUGCUUCGCUGUAGUUUAUUUUUGUGCAGCUCGAGUGCCACCGACCAGCGGCAUUUGGUGACCUCACCACGAGGUGACAGGGGUCGGUGCUUGUUAAGGAGGGAGUCUCAGGAUGUAUGGCUGAAGACCAGUUUGGGAAAUGAGUGCUUCAUGAUGUGAUCGCAACAGAAUGCAGCAGCCUGUCCUAAAGCACACAUUACUGUGAAGCUUUAGCCUCCCCAGCCUUAGCUCAUGGAUUCAUGCAGCUUGACACCAUCUUUGGGAUGUGGGAAUAUGUGGAAGGAGCACAUGUGCCGCAUCUUAAUUUUCUGUUCAAAAUUUCUCAAUAGCUCGCCAUCUUAACUGAAAUGCUAACAGCACACUGCUAAUGACCUGUAAUUCACUGCAGUUGUAAUACAUGUAUGUAGCAACCCAGAAAACAGCAUUUAAAACAAACCAAGAGAACAAUUUGAAAUUCUCAGUGGAUGAAGAGGAAGAGCUUUGUGUGGAAUAAAUGUUCUGCUUACCUACCUGACCGAGAGAC